GCUCCCGACUCGUUCGUUCACUGCUGUGUCGUCUUCCUCGCGGGGGCGAUCGUUGGAGCACUCCAAUCCAUCCAUCCAGCCCCCGGCUCUCGCAUCACCACCGCCUCUCUCCCUCUUCCGCUCCUCCUGCCUCUCCCAAACCCUAGAGAGUAGAGACAACCUCCUCCGCCGCCCCCGCCGUUUGCAGAAGAGGAGUCCCGCACCUCCCCGCCGUCGCAGCUAGGUGAAGCUAGCUGCGACUGCCCAUGGCGCGGAUCCAGCCCGUGUUUGAUGAAGGAAUGGAUCCAUUUCUUAGUAGAUUGACAAUACCAGCCACAACUAGUCAGUCACGAUAUACAGCUCAGAAUGGCGUGUGCUGGCCUUCUCUUGACAUGCAGCCUUCUUUCGGCGAGCUUAACAAAGGGCCUAACAAGUUCAAAGAUUCAGCAGUGCCACCGCCAUGGUUGUUGUCCUGCAACUGCAGCUGCGAUAUCGGGAGCAACUUUGAUGCGUUUUCAACGGUAGUGUCACGGAUACACCAACACCUUUUGGAUGCAAAUGUGGAAUUGAAUUACACAGAAUACUUAGAUUUGAUGAAACUGGAAGUUGAUCAGCAUCUUAAUAAGCUCAAGGAGGAUACAAGGGUCUUGAAAAGCUGCAACUUGAUCCAUGACGGUGAUGGAAAUGUUUCAUGCCCUAUGAUAUGUCGUCAUGGGAAGCUAAUAGAGAUGGAUGAGGGGUUCAACGACCUCAAGUUACUGCUGAUUGUGGUGUUCCGGCAAAUUAAGGAGAUGCUGAGCCUGUUCAAUGCUUCAAUUCAUGACCUUCAGUGGGAGCAUGAGUUACAAUUAGAGGUCACAGGAAUCAUGAUUGGAGAUUGCAUCAGAGGUCUUCAGGAUGAGCUUGAGAGGAAGUUGAAUGAGCAAAAUAAUGCUGUGAACAAUCUAAGAAAGAACUGGAAGGAAACUGUAGGUCAGUGUGGUGUAAUCCGUGAAGAAUUAAUUUCUAUAUCUAAUAUGCUAAUACCUUCAGAAGACGAAUCACAUAUUUCCUACUGCAAGCAUGAACAUUUGGGUAACAACAGUGACAGAUGGAAAUACAAUCUCCUCAGAAUGAAAAUAGGGGAGGAAAACUCUUCAUCUUUCAGUGUGGAACAGAGGAACUCUGCAACACAGAAGUCCAUAAGCCCCAGAGAAGUAAUUUCAGAAAAAUCAGACUUCCGACACCUGAAGGGUAUGACUAGGGAAGAAAUGAUAAACUACUUCAGAUCUGAGAUUAGUAAACUGAAGAGGUUGCAUGAAUUGUACUUGCAAGAUAAAACGGAAGAGCUGUUCAAAUUCAAACGAGAGAAGGCAUCAUUGGAUCUUAAGUAUGAUGUUGAAUUUGAGCCUCUAAGGAAGAAAGUUCCUGAGAUCAUUUCAAGGGUUGACCAAAUCAUUUCAAGUACCAUAGAGGCACCAACAGUUUACAGAUCUAGUGAGGCACUUGAGGAAAAUAGCAUAUUGAAUAAUAGAACUGAUCCAGUAUACCAUGAAAACAAGCACCUUCGUGAUUUGCUUGCAGAAAAGAUUAAGGAUAUUGAGGAAUUAUCGGACGAGAUAUCUGAUGCCAGCAGGAAAAUCUCACUUCAGUUGUCAUUGGAAGAGCAACUUGUGAGGCAAGUAAGCACCAUUAAAGGAGAAUAUGAGGAUCUCUAUGUUGAAAGCACUAUUCGGGAUGAAGUAUAUCAAACUGUUACAAGAAAGUUGGUGGACGACUGUAGGAUCAGUAUGGAUGUUGACGCACAGAAUUUUCAAGCAGAAGUGUCAUCACUUAAAGCCAGACUCUCAGAAAAGGAGAAGGCAUUGUGUUUAGCUAAUGAUGAAAAUCAGAAGUUAAAGGAAAAAUUAUUCAUUCUAGAAAAGACACAUUUAAUCCAAAAUAACCAGGAAGAUCCAGAGCUAACCAAGCAAGAGAAUGAGGAAAUGAUACUCCGUGAUAUCGAGAUGGAGCCUCAUGUAUCACCAAGAAGAUCAUAUGAAAUUUCUGAGCACAGUAUGCAUGAUGAGGAACUCAUUAAACUGAGCCAGACUUUAGAGGUCGCCUCAACUGCCUUACAAGAAGUUGAAAAACAAAAAUUGGAUUACAACAUUUUUCAAGGAAAAAAUGUGGACGAAAAGCAACUAGAUUGCAUUAUGGUAUCGAUUAUGGAUUUGUCAAAAGAAUUUUUGGAGAUUGAACAUAAAAUGUCAGGAGAUAUAAAAGGAAGUGAGAAAAGGUCAGACAAUCUGAGUGACCAAUGCAACCAUGUGGUUCAACAGGCAAUAGUACUAACAAAGAAGGGCCUCUCGUAUAAGCAAAUGCUAGACACAAGACGUUCCGAGAUCCGGAAAGCUGAAGCUGAGGUUGACAUUUUGGGAAACAAGGUUACUGCACUCCUAGCUCUUGUUAAAAAGAUAUAUGUGACUCUCGAGCAUUAUUCUCCUGUUUUUCAGCAGUAUCCUGGGUUACUGGAUACUUUCUUGAAGACAUGCAAGCUUGUUGCAGGUUUAAGAAACAAACAAAAGGAUGAUUUGCAAGAUACAACAUAACUUGAUGCAGCAGAUAAUGUAGGUUCUAAAUUAAGACGAGGCUGAAGAGGUGUUAGAAAGUUAUUGAUGUCAUGGAGUAACAAUAUCCCAUUAAAAGCAUCUGGCCAAACUGAAUAUGCAAAUCGACAGUUGUUAUGGAGUUGAGGGUGUCUAUCACACUGAAUUUUGAAACCCGGGAUAUGAAUACAAGCUAGGUUCACUGCACAUAGAUUUUUGAUCUGUAGAUAUGUCUAAUACAAAUAUGAGUAAUUGGUUUAGUUCUUUCGUGGCUUAUCACUCCAAAGAAGGUAUAUUCACAUAGUAUACUGUAUAUGUAAGUCUAUUGAAUGCAUUCUGAUGUACAUGUUGCAACAUGUUUUAUAAGCGAGGGCGAUCGCACUUUUUUCCUCCAAUCUGUACAUAAAUGAUUUUGAUAUAUUGUUUCUUCUGCAGUAAGAACUAACAUCAAGAUUUUAUAAAUGCAUUAUAUUAAUAGUUAUUUCCCUAUAUUCAUUGUGUAAAAUUCUGGUAGUAAUAAUGGUCAUAUAAGUCUAUAUGGGAUAUACUUAUGUACAACAUUUGAUGUUUGUUAAGAAAGCAAUCUUCUAAAGAGCAAUAAUGGUAUUUCAAAUUUUGAAUCAAGUGUAUCAUUGUUUCAAUUGUUAGUCAGGACUAAAGUUUUGUUUACUUAUUUUUAAGUUGUUGAACUUACAUGGUAAACGUGUAUCUGAGAUAUGUAUGGAUGGAUGGUUGAUAACACUGUUGUGGACUUGU